CAUGUUACAUCCCAUUCUCUCCUCCGUAUCCUCAUCUAUUCAAGCAACGCCUAGAUAACCGCAAAGAAGAGGGAAAAGAUGGAGGGCGGAGAAGAAGACGUGAGGGUGGGAGCCCAACGUUUCGCGGAGGGGCAAGCCAUCGGGACAGCCGCCCCGACCCACAGAGAAGGGAAGGACUACCAAGAGCCACUGCCCGCCCCAUUGUUCGAGGCGGUGGAGCUGUCGUCGUGGUCGUUCUUCCGGGCGGGUAUCGCGGAGUUCGUGGCGAGUUUCUUGUUCCUCUACGUGACGGUGCUCACGGUGAUGGGCGUGGAGAGAUCUAGCAACAAGUGCGCGACCGUGGGGGUCCAAGGCAUCGCUUGGGCCUUUGGUGGCAUGAUCUUCGCUCUCGUGUAUUCUACUGCUGGCAUUUCAGGGGGUCACAUUAAUCCGGCCGUGACUUUAGGGCUGCUAUUGGCGAGGAAGCUGUCGCUGGUCAGGGCGGUGUGGUACGUGCUGAUGCAGUGCAUGGGAGCCGCGUGCGGCGCCUGGGUGGUGAAGAGCUUCCAAAAGAGCCAGUUCGAGAGGCUUGGCGGCGGCGCCAACACCGUGAGCUCCGGUUACACCAGGGGCGCUGCCCUCGGGGCCGAGAUCCUCGGCACCUUCAUCCUCGUCUACACCGUCUUCUCCGCCACCGACGCCAAGCGCAGCGCGCGCGACUCCCACGUCCCUGUAUUGGCACCGUUGCCCAUUGGAUUUGCAGUGUUCUUGGUGCACUUGGCCACGAUUCCCAUUACCGGGACCGGCAUUAACCCGGCCAGGAGUUUCGGGGCAGCCCUUGUCUAUGAUAGGGCACGAGCUUGGGAUGACCACUGGAUAUUUUGGGUGGGGCCAUUCACCGGAGCGGCACUCGCGGCGAUGUACCAUCAGCUGGUGAUCAGGGCCGUUUUUUUCAAAUCCAAUUUUUUCAGAUCCAAAUACGUCGUUUGAGUCUGAAAGAAUAAGGGUGCUUUUGAAUGGCGUGUUAAUGUAUAUGAAAUAUUGUGUUCCUAACUAAGUGUAUGUAUAUUUGUAUUGGGCGGGUGAGAUGUGAGGAGUGUUGUUGCGUGCCCUCCUUCAGUUCAAUAAAAUUUGUGGAUGAUUAUAUUGUUGAGAAA